GCAGCGUACACGUGACUGUUCCCCACAAACCUUAACUUUAACUAUUUUCCAGCUGGACGCGUUGCAUCCUCCUUCCUGUAGCCAAGCUCAUGGAUUACAAGGUGGUGCCAUGGAGGUCGACAACAGAGUUUUUGUACCUGAUGUCGUGUUUCUACGCGGAAGACGGGACAGGUGAACCGCCGGAGGCUCAAAGUUUGUACCGGGGUGUUGAAAUUGUUCGAGCUUGGUCCACUCGCGGUCGAGUUCCACACUCAGUCGAGUCAACAUCUCAACUGGUGAUGGCUCUGUUGACUGAAGGACCUUCCCAACGGCUCUCCCUCGCUCUAUCUCUGUCUCGAUUUGUGAGCGGUUUACUGGAUCCUAUUCAGCAAUCACAGUUUGCUAUCCCUAUGUCAACUCUCGCGAAAACUCUUGGACUCCCUGCCUUUUUUGUAGAAAUUAGACAUGCAAUCACGCAUGAGGAACUUCCUAGUCUGCCCGUUUUACGGGUUGCUGCCCAGAGAGCGCUUCAAUGGCUCUACGAGCAUUAUUGGAUCGUGACAGCUUCUGUCAAGCCAGAAGAUGUAGAGGAAACGGAACGGUUGAAUGAAACGGCAAAGACCCAAGUACAGACUGAAAUAGCACAGCUGCUUAAAACCUGGCGUACUUGGAGAAAAAGUCACUUGCAUGUAUCGACACUGAAAUCCAAGAACCAGCAACGCUAUGUGAAACGGGCCCUCGCUGUAGUAGACUCUAUUAUUACUAUUGCUAACACCCGGCUCUCCUACAUUCCUGCCUCAAUUGUCAACGAUGAGUUGCAAAAUGAUUUAACGUUCGCACUCGAAACAACCAAUCUUCAGUAUGUGAUUGACUGUUUCCUGGAAAAAAAAGCAUUGAUUCCUGCGGGAGUAAAUGACAUCCGGUUAUUCCCGAGCGUACAAAAGCUGUGGAUCGUGUUGAUCCAAGCAAUUACCGAAGAACAGCCGCAUUUCCUUCCCGGACUCAUCGGUGCACUGUGGUCGGAAAUCGACGAAUACAGCAAGGCCGAGGAAGAAGACCCUUGGACAAGGGUAAAGAUGUCCAAAGAAGAUGAAGAAAAGGAUGAAGAAACGCGUAGUGCACUCUCCUUCUAUGCAAAAUGGUACAGUCUUUUGGUUGCGGAAGCUUACACUGAUCAACCUUGGGCCCGGUCUGCUACACUUACACAGACGCAACUCGCGUCCGUUUUAGAGACAUGCCUUCAACGGAGCGAUCCUUACACUCGAAUUAUUAUCGACGAUCUGGUCUCGCUGGACGAAGAACUGGAGAAACGCUACAAGCCUCUGUGUGCUUUCCGAGGCGAUCAAAUCCACUUCGUGGUUUCAGAUGAAAACGAGCAAGGCACUAACGACGCUGCGAACGUCACCAUUGAACAGAUGCGACAGACAGUGCACGAGUUUUCUCAGCGAUUGUCAUCCAUUGCCGCACCGUCGUCUGAAAACGAUGCAAGCGUCCGUGUCUUUGCUAACCGAAAAUGGGUAAUUGGUCCUGAAGAGCUUGUUCCUAUCGGACAAGUCAUUCGUUAAAAAAGAAGAACUUCACCGCGAAAGGUUCUUUGUGCUUGUAUUAUGUAAGAAACGAAGAAAUCAUUGUUUAAGCAGGUACCCUCCGUCGCAUCAAUGUGAAUACCGCACAGGUUCUGCAGGGAGUUUUGGAACACAGAGAACAUGUCCUGGGGAUCAAAGCGAACAUCGACGUACCUCUACCGCAGCUACAUCAUUCACAAUCCACACCCUUCACUACCUACCACCCAUUUUUCCAAGAACUUCGACUUCGCUACAACCCGUUAUGAUGUACAUUGAAAUUUUUUGAACAAGAAUAAAUGACUAUGUUUGCAUUUACUCUUGAGAGCGGACCUUAGCACCAGCGUUGGUGACCUUAACACCCAAGGCACGGGCCUUCUCAAUGAUCUCGACACGCUUGCGAGCAGACACGUUGGAGGCAAUCUCGGCAGCGAAGGUCUGUUUUGCAUGAGCAAAAGCUCGACGUCGGCAACGUUGCGGACAAGGAAAGCCUUCAAACCGUUAGGCAUGCAGUACUUGGUCUUCUUGUUGGAGCCGUAACCGAUCUUGGGCAUGCGGAUGGUACCGCGGAAACGACGACGAACGACGCCAUCGAUACCCUUGGGCUUUCUCCACGACUCACUGACACGCUUGAAGUUGUCAGAUUGGUGACGCUUGAACUGCGUAGUGUGCUUCUUGACGAUCUUGACGGCAGCCAUACUUGACCUGGUGUGUGGUGGAGGUUUCGUGUUUCCUUCUUGCUAGAACCUAUUUGAAACGUGACUGCUUUUUCGCCGACGGGCGCUCGUUGUCGUGGCGACAACGAGCAUGAAAAAACCCUAAAACCGGAUAACGAGAUUUACUGGGGUUUAGCGAUAUUUUGUAACUCGUUAAAGGAAUAAGCAGUGCUGCAUGUACCAGAACAGUGAAACGUGUGUCGUCAGUAAGACAGACAUGUAAUUAUGGUAAGCCUGCUCACUCUACCUUGUUGUUGCUGAUCGUUCGGCUCCAAUUUGGUAAAUAAAUGAAUUUGACUAAAAGUUUUUUAGCCGUUUAAACCGAAAACAGUGCAAAAAACGAUUAAUAUAAUACCGAGUUGAGUUUCUCCACACAUCAAAACAGUAUCCCUUCCCAUAUAUUACGAUUUUCGCUUUAACUGGUUCUGACAUUUGUUUACGCAGCAGAAAAUAAGGUUUUGAAGCGAUCGCUAAGCCGAAAACUUUAUUUUUGUUCCUCGACAAUAGAAGCAGAAUUUCAAUUUCGGUAGAAAAUGUUAAUAAAACAGUUAUUUGCACA